AUGAGAGGUUAUCUUAAAACCUUAAACUGGAUAUUUAAGCUCCAACCCAAGCGCACUACGGUGGGAAAACACAGGGAUUCAGAUCUCUGCCUCCAGAAUGGUGGUGUGGAUGAGCACCAUGCUACUAUUGAAUGGAAUGAGAUGGAGCACUUCUAUGUUCUUCAUGACCUGAACUCUGCCCAUGGCACUUAUGUCAAUGACUGUCACAUACACAACGCAGCAGUGCGUCUUACACCAGGGGAUGAGAUUCACUUUGGCUAUGGAGGCUCAGCCUACAAGCUUUUAGUGGAUCCACCAGACCCACUACCUGUUCUGCCUAUCCAGUUGGCCACUUCUCCAGCUAGAGUAAGGAGUCGUGCUCUGUCCUCUUCUGUUACUCCUCAUCCCCCUCGCAGGACUCGACCUGUGAGUGCAGGAGCUAAACGCAGCGGUUUGGGUACAAAUGUUCCAGAAUACAGUUCCUCCUCUCACAGACCAGGAAGCUGGGCCAGCAGCAGAGGACCAGGACACAUUUUUAGAAAUGCAAGCCUGUUCCAGAGCUGUCAAAGCAUGCAGGAAUUAUUACAGGACAAGGAAGAAAGCUGGGUAAGGUGUAGGGAGGAACAGAGUGGUGUGUUGUCGUCUCAGAGUGAAGCUCAAAGGAAAGAUUGUAUGAUCUCAGCUCUGAAGGAGGAGGUGUCAGCACUCCAGUUGCAGCUCUCUCAGAGCAACCAGAAUGGCCCAGACAUCAGACACAAGCUGCACAACCUGACCAGAGACAUCCAGGAGAAAAAAGAGGAGAUCCAACAGCUAAAGGAGCAGAUGCUGGAGAUGCGGACGAAAUCUGCUGAGCUCAAUAGCCAGGCUGUAGAAGAGAGAGAUCAGAGGAUCAGCAAGCUUAAAAAACAGCUGGAUAAGCUGAAGAAUGAAAACAGCAAGUCAGCAGCACUGAUCAACAGCAUGCAGACGGAUCUGUUGGCUCAGGAGAAAAAGGCAUUAAAACUGGCUGCUGAAGUUGACAAUCUCAGAAAAGAUGCGAGAUACAAGGAGGCUCAGCUUAGUAACAUGGCUAAUAAGCUGUCAAAGCUGAAAGAGAUUGAAAUGAAUCAGGAGGAGUUUCUUGCCAGGGGAAAAGAGGUAGAAUCCCUCAAAAAGACUGUGGAGCAGAUGGAAAUGACUCUGAGAGAGAAACAGAGGGAGGUGAAGCAGCAGAUAACAGAGAUAGACUUACUCAAACACAGACUGGACCAGAAGACACAGGAGCAAAGCUCUCUGCAGUCUGAGAUGAGCAAACUGAAGUUACUCCAGCAGCAAACACUCCAGAGAGAACAGAAAGCGCAAUCAGAAUUAAGACACACACAGACAAGGCUUGAGCACAUUUGCAGUCAAAUCAUGAAACAUGUCCUUGUCACAUCAGAAACAGUGUCAGAACAAGAGAUAUUGGAUCGUUUGUCAAAGCUAAGGAAACAGAAUGAAGUGAUUAACACCAGCGUGCAGGAAUUAGAGCAACAACUGCAACAACACAAUGAGAACCAAAGGGUGGUGGAAGAAGACACUGAGAAACUCAAGGCCAGACUUACAGAAUUUCAGAGUAAUGUACAAACGGUAUAUUUGCUGGAUGCCAUGCAGAGCCAGAUAUCUGCUCUACAGGAUGAGAAUGUGUGUCCUGCAAUCAGCUGGGUUCAGACUCACACACUCUCUAUCCUGACCAAUCUACACACACUGCUACAGGACACAGCAGACACACUGCUGGCAACAGGGGUUGAGGUGUCCGAGAACACUGGAGGCGUCUCAGGUGCUGUAAAAACUUUGUGCCAGCAGCACGAGGAGACCCAGUCACAGCUCAGGAGGCUACAGGCAGAGAAGAAACAGCUUGACGAGAACGAGGACCGAGCUGAUGAUAUGCAGAUCAAACAGGAGACUAUGGAACAGACGCAUCAGAAAGUUCAGAUUGAGGAAACACAGGCAAAGAUGGAGGACACUGUGAAACUGCAGCUGGAGAAAAUGAGCACUGAUCUGGAGGCAGCCAGAAAAGCUGAAGCUGUUUUACAUUCUGAGAUGGAGAUGCAGGAGCUGAAGUGGAGUACCAAACUGGAGGAAGCAGAGAAAAGAGAAAUUGAACUGAGGGAAAAGGUUAAAAAAGUAGAGCUGCAAGAAGAGAAGUGGAGAAAAAAAAUGCAGGAGGAGGAGGUAAGAGAGGAUGAGUGGAGGAGAAGAAUAGAGGAGGCCUUGCAGAGAGGAGCAGAGCAAGAGAGAGAGAGAUCCAGAGUGGAGAUUGAGGAGUACAGGGUGCAGGUACGGCAAUAUGCUCACACCAUUGUUGCCUUGGAGGAGCAAAUGAGCUCAGCACUGCAGAAAGCGCGACAGAUGCAGGAAGAGAGAGACUCACUAACACAGCAGCUUACAGAGGCACUUAACAAGACGGAGGAUGUCAAACCCAGUGUUUCGUUAGAGCAAGCAAAUGAGCAAGAGCAACUGAAGCAGGCAGUGACAUCCCUCAGGGCAUCACUUGGAGUGUCCCAGCAGGAAGUGGUCAGGCAGGGUGAGGUCAUUUCAUCUCUCAGUCGUGACCUGGCCCACGCCCAUGCUCGCCUCUCUGAUCUCACAGGAGAACUGAGUGAACAGCAGAAAUUGGAGCUGGAGACACACAAAGCUUUAGUAGUGGACCAGAGAAUGCAACUGAGCAUGCUCACGCAGAAGUUAUCAGUGACCACUGAGCUUCUUGAACAGAAAGAAGAGGAACUGAGGACACUGAGAGAGAAAUUGGCACAAACAGAGAGAGAUUUAAAGAAAGAGAGGAUAGAGCAUGCAGAUCUUCUUCCUUUAACAAUCCCACGCACUAAGGAUGUGGCUAUUAUGGUUUGUUCCAACCAUCUGCCUAAUCAGGUGUCCAAGUGCAAAGGUUGUCGUCAAGAAGAAAUGAUACGUCAGGGCAAAGAAACCCUCAGUGCGAUGAAAGAGAGGAUCAGUGCUGUAGAGAAGAAAUGGCCCUGCAAGAUGUCAGCCCAGCAGAGGGAGCCAGUGAGACAGGAUCAAAAGAAACAGGUUCAAAUGAAAGCUCAAAGACUUAAGAGAUCUGCAGCACAAAGCAACUCCUUCAGCUCUGUGAGUGGCUUUGCCUUCCCUGAGGCUCUGAGUGAGGCAGCACUGGAACGCACAGCAAGACUGGACAUGUCUGAUGCUUUGGAACUCAGUGAGAGGACGUAUGUGGAUCUGGCACGUGCAUUGUGUGAAGCUCUGGAGCUGAGUGAGAGGCAGCUUUCAGGAUGUGUCCCACUGAAGCACCUCCUGCCAGGGGAGAGAGAGCACAUGGCCUCGCUCAGACAGGAAGACCUGGAACUGUUACGAAGCCAAGUCACCGUGCAGAACAGCAGGAGCCAAAACAAAGACCUGCUACUGCAAGAGAGCCAGAGGGAAAUACAAACACUCAGGGACAGCCAGGCCAUUGGGCAGCAACUGCAGAUUGAGCUGGAUAAUGUGCGUUCAGAGCUGGCUACACUGAAACUGGAGAGCAGCACCCUACGCCAGACCCUCAAGGACACACAGACACAGCUACAGCAGUGCACUAACCACAAGACGGGCAUGGCUCUGAAUACAGACAAAAUGGAAAGGAGGCAUAGAAGAGUUGGUCAUCAUAACUGUAUACCAGACAAUAACUUCGGCAAGGUAGCAAUCAUAAAGAGGUCAAAGAAGCAGGAGAGGAGGAAGAUGGCAGAGGAUGAGAAGGAUGUCCUGAUGAAUGAAUGCAAAGAACAGGAGAGCUGCAAAAUGGCUACUCGGAUAGCUAGUGUGGCACAGCAGCAACAGAGUACUGAGCUCACUGAGGCUCACUGAAGCCCUCUGAGAUAGACAUUAGUUCAGGUUCAGUCCUCAAAAUGAAUCACUUGUGAUAUAAAAAAAUGCACUUGAAUCUACAUAAUAUAAAUUGUGUCUGCCAAGAGAAAUGGCUGUACUUCUCACAGAAACCAAAGACAUCAUAAAUACAUGAUUGGUAGGUUAUAGUAAAAUCAUCAGUUACAGGUGGUUCAAAAACUGUUUUAUUUUUCUUAUACCAAAGCAAUUUGACCAC